CGAUGAUUGUAGAACAGCUGAUCUUGAAAGUGGGUGGGCAUCUAUUCUUGUGUUUAUAUCCAGCAAAUAUGACGGACAUAAUAAAAGAAUUUGAUAAUCCUAAUUUUAGCGUUGAAAAAUACACCAAGCAAUUGGUAAAGGAAUGCGUCGGUGGAGCAGACUUACAGAAAAAGAAGAAGGAAAUACAGGUGUACAGCGACAAGACGUCAUCCACUCUGAAGAAAUCUGUCUAUGCCAAUUAUAUGCAGUUCAUAGAAACAGCAAAGGAGAUAUCCAAUCUUGAGUCGGAAAUGACACAGUUGUCUCUACUACUCCAUGACCAGCACAAUAUAUUGUCUUCAUUGACCGACGAAAAGAACGGGGUAACAAUAAAGUCCAACGAAAGCGCUGACAGGGAGGGUCAAACGCAAGAGGAAGUGGAAAAUAUGCACGCCACAAGAGCAGUGAAAGAAAUGGUACACGGGUAUGAGGGCAAUCUGGAGGGUAAGACUUUUCUAAAUGAAGGAGCGCUAACCGAAUUGGACAGUAACGACUACCGUCCAAUACAGAGGGUAUUUUUUCUACUGUUCAACGAUGUACUUAUCGUUUGCAAAGUGAAACACGAUAAACGGCUGGAAUUUCUGGUGGAGUACGACCCGAAGAAAAUUGCUGUAAUUAAUAUAAAAGACCUGGAUGGUGUGAAGAAUGCCAUCAAUAUCAUAACUCCAGAUGGUUCCAAAAUAUUUCAAAGCAUCACCGCUGCUGGUAAAGCGGAAUGGAUAGAGCAGUUGGAGGUCGCCUUCCGAUGGGACCAACAACAGAAGAAAGCAAAGAAAGGCCCAGCGCCCCAGCCACCAAAAGCUAAACCUAUAAAUGCAUCUACAAGUGAAAAGUCUCUUGAUAUAAGUCCCACUGAAUCCACUGCCCACAAAGUGGAAGAGCAAAUGGGCCCGGAGUGGAUCCAGAGCGCCACCGAUGAAAUACAAACAUUCAUCGCUCAACGUCAUUUUGAGGAAGCUGAAGCUCUAAUUAAAAGAUGUCAGGAAUUUCUAGGCCAGGACAAAACGUUCAAGAAUUCCGCCGAAAUUGAAGAUAAAAUCAAGCAAUUGGAAAAGCAACUAACAGACGUGUUGUUGCAAGAACUCUCUAAAUGUCAUGCCCGCAACCUACAGGUGGCAUUGAGGUCUUCAAGACGAAGUUUGCAGAUCCUCGUCGAUAUGGGAAAGGCACGUCAGGCUUGUGGCACUUUGCUUAAAGUUUGCUCGAUUGCAUUGCGAACGUCGCAGAGAGAAGCGCGGAAAAACAACGCCGAAAUAUCGGAACUGUUUUUUUGUGACCUGGCCCAAGUUGCUUCUGCCUUUUUGCUGUCGUUUGAUGCUCGUCAACCAGCUUGCGUAAGUGCCCUUGUAGUCUGGUGUAAUGCAGAGCUACAAUAUUUUGCCGGCCAACUGAAGAAACACUACCUAACAAAGGGAAGUCAUCUGGAAGCUAUAGCUAAAUGCAUGGAAGGUGUCCGAAAACCUUGUGCAAAACUAACUGAAAUCGGCUUGGAUCUUCAGUAUCACCUUGAAGGGCUUCUCCGAGCUGAUCUGGAAGAACUGAUCAACGAGUCUCGAAUAAGACUCUUGGAAACCAUUGGUCGCACAGAAGAUCCCUGGCAGCCCUUUAAUCUACAGACCAAGUCCAACUUAAAGCGACUGCUAAUGGAACUAGACAACUUGGGCAUUGAUAUGCGUCCGCAUACUACCGGGGACACUUGGGUCAAUUUAACACAAUCCACUUUGAAUUUUACCCGACAUUAUUUGCAACUGACCAAUCAUUGUGCCUACCUUUCGAAAAGCGAAGCUCUAUCGAAAUCCUGUCAAUGUCUCUUAAAAGAUUUGAUAACCGCCCAGUACUCGGUAAAACCAGAUCCCAACUUAAGCGUUGAUCCGAAUUUCGUGAUAAAAAACAAGCAAUACCUAAGUGAUGAGUUACUCCCAAUUGCUAUCUCAAAUUUUCGUCGUAUAAGCGGCAUCAAUCCAGAAAUUAUACGAAAUGUUGAUAUAAUGCAUAAGCAACAACAAGCUGCACCCAUUCCCAAAAAACGAAGUGUCUAUCAAACUGACGUCUUUUAAUUCCUAAUGUAAAAAAGAAAAUCAUUUUCAAUAAAGGCAAACCAUUAUCUGCAUUGCUAGUGAAGCAUUGCUAGUAUUUAUAUUAA